AUGGAAGAAUCCUUGGCUAGACUUCGUGAGCUCAUCGAACGGCAACAUACCUUAUCCAGCAGAAUUGAUGAAGUUGAGAGGAGACUUAGCGCAGAGGAAGCUGAGCUCAGCGAGGAAUUUCGCAAAGUUUUGGCCAUGUACCCAUCUCAGGAAUAUCAGAAGCUCAAGGAGCAGAUUGCUCGAGAAGAGAAAGAGACUAUGGAGAUAUGCUCGAUGACUUCGAUGUUAACUGGUUCAAGCAGAUCAAGCGCUGAAGCAGAGGAGCCUCCGAAAGUAAAAGGUGCUUCUUUUUGA